GCAACCGGAUUGAUUUACAGAAUUUUAUCAAUAGUGUUGGUAUCUUUAUGUUUUUGUACUUGUUACUUAUCGCCAGUCUGAUUCCGUCUCCUGUACAGAGGGCGGCAGUAAUUCCCCGCCACACACACACAAAACAGCUGAAGAAGAGCAAGAAGAAGCUCCUAGCAAGUUUGGGCUUUAUUUAUAUCAGUUUCAUUGUUUUGAAUUAGUUAUAUAGGAUGAGUUAAAAAUGGAAUCAGUGACAUCCGAGUCCUCAGCAUGUGAUAAGCAAGAAUCCGCAAUUCCUGAAGCAUGCUGUUUGACGCGGAUCGGAAGCAAUGCAGACUGGCUUCUGUUGCCGGAGAAUCAAGAGAUCAAGAUUGGACGUGGUGUAGACGUCACCUACCAGCUCGUAUCACCGUCUUGCCCUCUGAUGAUCUCCAGACUGCACUGUUGCUUCAAGCAAAAGGGAGAUGGGCAUUGGACUGUCACAGACAAAAUGAGUCUAAAUGGCGUGUGGGUUAAUGGGAUACGCAUACCUGCGGAGAGAGCCCACCGACUCCGCCUGGGGGACUCCAUAAAGCUCGGUGUUGCUGCGGCUGGAGCCCAAGUGGAGCAUGAGUAUAUAUUUGUUAGACGGCCCCUCAAAGAACUAGAACCCCACCUGGCGCAGGUGUUCAGUCUGAGUCCCAAGGCGGUCCCUGUGGCCAAUACCAGCAAAAGGAAGUUCAGCGCGGAUGAAACGGAGCCGUCCACCUCCUCAAAGCAGAAGCUUUAUCGCGGCUCCAUGCCAAACACUUCCUGUUCCCCACCGGGCCUGGAUACAGAACCUAGACAGAGGGCCAGGCCGCCGUCGGAGGACACGCCGGGCCUGGAUACAGAACCUAGACAGAGGGCCAGGCCGCCGUCGGAGGACACGCCGGGCCUGGAUACAGAACCUAGACAGAGGGCCAGGCCGCCGUCGGAGGGCCUGCCGCUUCACGCUGGGAAACGGCAGGAGGCCAUCUUGAUCUCUGACGACUCCAACAGUCCCAGCGAACGGGACAAUCUUCAGAUGUUCAGCCAGAACCUCCUGACCCUGCGAGCGCGAGUCAAGGGCACCCAGAAGCAGUUGGCCACGCUGGAGGGCACGUCCCAGCAGGGGGAUGCCUCCCAGGAGGCCCAGGUCAGGGAGCUGCAGGGCCAGCUGGGGGCGCUGCGCACCAAGACGCAGCACAUGGAGAUGCUGGAGAAGUCCUUCAGCCAGACCAGAGCACAACUGGCACAGAAGACAAAGCAGGAAGAAGAGGUCUUAAAGAAACAACUAGAAGACGCCUUACAGGAGCAAAGGAACGUCAUGGAGGAGCUCGCCCAUUCUCGGCAAGGCUUUGAACAAGUCCUUUUGGCGAAGAACAGGGAGCUAGAACUUACCAAAGUGGAGAAGGAGAAGGAGAGGGCCAAGAAAGAGCAAGUGGUCACGCAGAUGACGGAGGUGAUGGAGAAUGAGCUCCAGUGUAUCAUUUGUUCCGAGCUCUUCAUUCAGGCUUACGUGCUGAACUGCAGUCACAUCUUCUGCCUGUACUGCAUCGGCGAGUGGCGCAAGCGCAAAGACGAGUGUCCCAUCUGCCGCCAGACGAUCCGCUCGCAGACGCGCUGCCUUGCUGUGGAUAACUUCAUCGACAGCAUGGUGCAGAACCUCAGCGCCGAUACCAAGACCAGGAGACAGGUGAUCGUCAACGAGAGGGAAGGAGCCACGCCUCCGGAGGUGACGGUGAUCCAAGAUGACAGCAGCACGACCAGCAGAAGCAGCAGCAGCAGCAGCGGCUCCAGCGGGAGCAGCCUGGACAGCGGCAGCGAGUCGGACAGCGACGCGGCGGACGGGGAGGUGGAGAACAUCAGCCCUGCGGACGGCAGCAUCCACCUGGACAGCUCGGGGGACGGCACGGUGGAAUCGGUGGGCACGGACAGCAGUCAUCAGAGCCUCGACCUCAGCUCCUCCACCAGCAACAUCUCGGGGGGCGAUGACGGCUUUUAUAAUUGGUGAAAGGCCUGGGUGGGCUGGGGGUUAAAGGCCGAUCGCAAGGCACCAGAAGCACGUGGACUGCGACGUGCGCUUGCUCGAGCAGCGAGGGGACGUUUUUGUGACGCAUAAGGAUUACGACCUUCGCUGCAGUUUUCGGUUCUUCAACAGAAAGAAUCGAGCGGUUGAACAAAAUAGUAUGAAUUAUUAUUUGAAUUAUUAUGUUCUUGUUUUCUUCAGCUGUUUUCGUCCGCUGAACAAUGUGAUGGGCCAUUGGUGCAAUUUUCUGCUCCUCUGUGGACUUUUCUGUUAUUUUGGUUUGUGCUUUGUAGUAUUUAUGCUGUGGUCAUGAUGAAUGGAAACGAGUAAAAGUUUGUUUGUAUUUCGUGACGCAAUUGUGAAACAUGUUAAACUUAAAGGAAUUGUACAAUCAGGACCCAUGCUCUACUUGCUAGGUUAUAGGUCGACACAAGGGGGCGCCUGAUCAAAACCUUAUUCACUAAUCUAAUGUAUACUUUUUUGCCUAAUGCAAAAGGAAAAGAGACUGCAGCCAUGUUUUAACAAUAUCUAUAUACACAAACUCUGCAGCCUCCUUGAUUUCCUCGACUAAAAGAAAAUCAUGAAUUGAACUUGCCAAAGCUGUGAGAUAUGAGAAAACAUUUGUAAGCAUAAAGUAAAAUGUGAUGUUUGGUAUUCACUCUUCAUUCAAACAGCGUUUCUAAAAGCACUGGAAAUAAGGUGUAAUGUGUAACAUGAUGCAUUAUUUUCAAACCAAUAUUUCCCUGGAUGCCAUGGGAAACUGGCACACUUCUCCCUUUGGUUACACUUUGAUCGUAUCUACUGCAUUCAUUGAAAUAUUCUGGAUUUUCUUCUGGGAUAUCCCAGCGUUCGCAUCCUGCUUCCGACUAGACCGUGAUCUGUCGAGCCACCGUGACAUUUCUUCAUAUUGAUUUGGUCAUUAAGGGCGACAGACCAUGUUGACUGCCUUGCCAAAACGAUAUGCCUUUCGUGGCCACUAGCACACACCAGGAUUGGUAAACAUCUUGAGCCAGGGACUCACUUCACUGUGCUUCUGGGCACUUGUAAAAACUACAGCAGCAUCCGGAGUGCGCGGGCUGACCUUCCUUCCUUCCUUCCUUCCUGCACGGUGGACGGCUGACGUCAGGGCAGUCCAUUAGAGCCAGUGCAGCGCGAUGGAAGCGUGCGUCUUGUCGGGCUGUGUUGCACAACUCCGACAGUGACGGAGCAGUGCCUCGGAGCCACGGUCAAAGCCUGGCUUCUUAAAUCAUCCUCGAACCUCCUUCCCCACUCAACGAGCUACUUCCACCUAAUGGGAUGCUGCUAACUUCUAUCUUUGUCUAUACUCUGAUAUUUCUGUAAUUUAUCCUCCUCUCUCUCUCUCUCCCUCUCUCUACUCAGCUCUGUAUUUUCUCUCCCAGACUACAGAGGAGCAACCUUGGAUCUGCAGGAACGACAGAAGCACUUUGGCCUCGCUGUUUGCCAUUUUAGUUUGCUCUACUCGUGUGUUCGCACCCUUGUUACCCCCAGUGAUCUCCAUCAUAGGACAUAAAGCCUGCAUCCCUAACACACUGUCCACACAUUGCUCAUUUGCCCACACUUUCUACUCGAAAGGGGACAUCUUUGUAUUUGUGGCACAAAUGUGGGGUAGUAUGUAGUACUGUAGUUAUUAGUACAGAGAUACGUUUUCUCUGUUGAUGUAUUAUACAGGGAAGAGCAGAGAUGGCAAAGAUUAAGGUUCAUUCGAAAUUCACAAAUUUACAUUCACAUAGGCCUACGUUUUUUUGACAGUUUUUCUUGUUUUAGAUGGGCAAUUUUUAUUAUGUCCUUUGUACUUAAAUAUAAAACAAACAUUACGGCCUUUAUAUAAUUACGAAUGGUUCUUUAACACUUUUAUUUCAACAUAUUUUGAUUAAAAAUGACUGAAUCGA